GCACCCCCACACCUUCAAGCUCCGAUCAACUCAUCAAGUCACUGAGAAAGGAGAUUGAAAAGGAACCAAGAAAUAUUGCAAUGGCAAACAACGGUGACCAAAAUCAAACUGAAGCUGGAAGGCACCAAGAGGUUGGGCACAAGAGUCUUCUCCAGAGUGAUGCUCUUUACCAGUAUAUUCUGGAGACCAGUGUCUACCCGAGAGAACCUGAAUCCAUGAAAGAAUUGAGAGAGUUGACGGCAAAACACCCUUGGAAUAUCAUGACUACCUCUGCUGACGAAGGACAAUUCUUGAACAUGCUCCUUAAGCUUAUCAAUGCCAAGAAUACCAUGGAAAUUGGUGUCUACACUGGGUAUUCACUGCUUGCCACCGCCCUCGCUCUUCCUGAUGAUGGAAAGAUCUUGGCCAUGGACAUUAACAGGGAGAAUUACGAGCUGGGUUUACCUGUAAUUAAAAAAGCUGGUGUUGACCACAAAAUUGAAUUCAGAGAAGGUCCUGCUCUUCCAGUUCUCGAUGAGAUGGUUAAGGAUGAGAAGAACCAUGGGAGCUAUGAUUUCAUAUUUGUGGAUGCGGACAAGGACAACUACCUCAACUACCACAAAAGGUUGAUUGAGCUUGUCAAAGUUGGAGGCUUGAUCGGGUACGACAACACCCUAUGGAACGGUUCGGUGGUGGCACCCCCUGAUGCUCCUCUCAGGAAGUAUGUUAGGUACUACAGGGACUUCGUGUUGGAGCUCAACAAGGCCUUGGCUGUGGACCCCAGAAUCGAAAUUUGCAUGCUUCCGGUUGGUGAUGGAAUCACCCUCUGCCGCCGGAUCAAGUGAUUGCUUGUGUUGUUGCUUUGCUUCUUCUUCACACCUCAUGAUGAUGAUUGCUGUAGUGAUCAUUGAGUUGCAGCUAAUGGAUUUAAAAGAAAUCUAUACUUUUCUUUUACUUUUCUGCAAAAUAUUUGUCUGUAUUUUUCUCUAUUAUUCAUAUGCAAUUGCCAAGUGACUUUUCUCUUAUUUGAUGUAUUUCCACCAAUUUGGUUUAUUGUGAAGCCAAUGAUUAGGAAAUGAUGCAUAUGUUGAGGAGAGGGUGGAUCAAGAACUUCUGUUUCAAAUAAAAAACUGUCAAAAGAUUCAUUUUCUCUAA